AUGGCUAUAUCAUGCACUUGCACUAUUAUUUUGAUGUUAGUGCCACUUGUCUUUGUUGGCAUCACCACCAAUGCUGGAACUCACAAAUUGUCACCCUUGGAUCAAGAAGCCAAUGCUAUGCUUUCAAUUAGUAAAGAGUUGUGGAGUAACCAACAUAAUAAUGUCUCAAACCGUUGCAACUGGCCCAGAGUCAACUGCAACAAAGCUGGAAGUAUAACAUUGCUUUCACCUCCAACUCCAAGUAAUUUCACCGACGAGUUCAGGACACAACUCUGCUUUUUGAAACUAAACUUUUCAGUGUUUCAAAAUCUAGUCCAUCUAGAUCUCAGUGAAAUGGGGUUAUGUGAGUUCCCUAAACUAAGUGGUCUCAAGAAGCUACAACAUCUCAACCUAUCAUACAACACUUUUGCAGGUGAGGUUCCUUUUACAUUAUUGGAAAAUCUAACUCAACUUGUGGUGUUGGACAUUUCUAACAAUUAUAUUAGUGGUACAAUUCCACAAGAACUAAGCAAGCUGGAGAGACUUGUCAUGUUGGACUUGAGUGCCAACAGGUUCCUUGGAAGCAUUCCAUUGAUUUUUGGUCAAAUGAGCAAUCUCACACACAUGAACCUUUCCAACAAUCAACAUUUUGGUGAUGAGGUUCCUUUCACAUUGCCAAAUCUAACUCAAUUUCUUGUGUUGGACCUUUCCCAAAACAAACAUAAUGGCUUCAUUCCUCAUGAAAUAGGGAAAUUAACAAAUUUAUUAACCUUAGACCUGAGUUCAAAUUCCCUGUCUGGUCCAAUUCCUGAGCAAAUUGGGUACUUGAAGCGUUUGACAAGUUUCCACCUUCAUUCAAAUUUGCUUAGUGGUUUCAUUCCUCAUGAAAUAGGGAAAUUAACAAAUUUAUUAACGUUAGACCUGAGUUCAAAUUUCUUGUCUGGUCCAAUUCCUGAGCAAAUCGGGUGCGACCCGUUUGGAAGUGCUCAGCAUCGGAUCCAACAGGAUAGAUGGUUGUAUCCCCAAAGAAAUAGAGCUUUUGUUGCAUCUAGAAGUUUUAAAUCUUUGUUAUAA